AGGUAAGUGAAGGCAUUUGGAUCGGGCAGUGGUGCUGUCGAUUUUCUCCCAGCGCCCAAACAACGAACCAUAUCCAUUGGGGAAGCCAUUCCCCGUCGACUGCAGAGCUUUGAACUAUUCUCCUUCGUCUACCCCAUCGUAAAUGGCUGUUUUACAACCCCAAAAAACCCUUCAAGUCACCUCUAAUCUCUUCCCCAUAUGUAAUUUUACCUCCAUUCGACCUUCCAUUUCAAUUCCUUUCUCAUCCUCAAAGACCCAUCAUCAAAGUCCGCUUCUUUCUUCUUCCAGCAGACCCUUCUCACUCUCACCCACUCCAAGAAGGAUUUUGUGCGAACCCCCUAAAGGAAAGUACAUCCAUGACGAUUAUCUUGUGAAGAAGAUGACAGCUGCCGAAGUGCAGGAGUUGGUGAAGGGGGAAAGAAAUGUGCCGCUUAUAAUCGAUUUCUAUGCAACAUGGUGUGGACCCUGCAUUCUAAUGGCUCAAGAACUUGAAAUGCUCGCUGUAGAGUAUGAGAACAAUGCAAUGAUCAUUAAGGUUGAUACAGAUGAUGAGUAUGAAUUUUCACGAGAUAUGCAGGUAAGAGGACUGCCUACACUUUUCUUCAUUAGCCCGGAUCCAAAUAAAGAAGCCAUCCGCACUGAAGGUCUCAUUCCAAUUCAGAUGAUGCGAGAUAUCAUUGAUAGAGAAAUGUGAACCAUGAAGAAAGGAGCAUCAAGCACACCUCUUAUCAACACUGCUGGAAAAUGAGGGAUCGAAAUCCGUACUAGACCGUAUUAGAGCCUUUGACGAAGUUUAUCGGCCUCCCGUAAGUCAUGUUUUAACCAAUUUGAGACAGGGAGAUUCAAACAGUAGAAAAUCAUGAAAGUAGGGUAGAAAUUCAUUUAGUUUUAGCAUGCUCCCACCAUUUUGUAAUGAAAACAGCAUUGUCAACCAACAGAGAUUUAGUUGGUUUAAAAAUUUUAGUCAAUGAGGUUCAAAAUUUUCACUCUUAGCCCACAAAA